UGCAAUUAUUAUCCUUCAUGCCGCUUUACCCUCCGAUUCAUAUGCUGGGCUUUCUCUUGGUAAACAAUCUGGGCCGCUUACGAGAAUUUGUUCUUGUGAUUUAUUUGCGUCCAAAGAGUGGCUUCUUGCUCUGCUAUUUCCUUGCCAUGUUACCAAGAUUUGAUCUUCUUGUUUCUUUGCUCUGCUAUUUGCUGCCAAUAUUUAACCCACCUCUUGUCUUGUCUUGUCUCAACUUUGAAGGCCGCAUCUUGGGCGCCGCAGGAGCAAACUGGUUAGCCAGGCCGCCCAAGAUCGACGUGAAGACGCUCUGCCUGCUGUACAUGGUGCUUUUCAUGGCGCUCUGGAUGUCCUCGCUUCGGUGGCCGAGUCCCGCCGGCGCCGGGGUCGGGCCGCGCCGCUACGGCCCGGCCGUGGAAGCCCUGGUCACCUGCCUCUUCUUCACGUUCGUCACCGUCCUGCUGCAGGCGCUGCUCGCCAUCGCGCUGUCGGAGAAGCCGGCGCCGACGGCGCUUCCGCCUCCCGUGAGCCAGUGGAUGAUGGGCAUAAGCGUGUGGAUGUCCGGCGUCCUGUUCUACCUGAUCUACGCCUCCAUGGCCCGCGGGCAUGCGGCAGAGUCGAGCCACUCGGAGCUGAUCAUCGCCGGGGCCGCCAGUGUUGUGAGCCUCGCCAUGACCGUCUACAACAUGCUGCAGCGCCCCGUCUUUGCUUAGCUGCGGAACGACGAUGAUUGAGCAUCCUGAAGUGUGGCGACCUGAAGAAGGGCCAGACUUGAUGACUCCUAUGGCAGUUAACCAGUUUGCUAUGUUGCUACUAUUUUCUGUCUAGUGUUGGAUGUGUUAUGAGUAUGUUUUUGAUCACCAAGCUUCUCUGUCUACUAUCUGAACUCAGCAAGGAUUUGGCUUCAUUUGGGGGAUAGGAUUAAUCUAUGUCAGUACCUGAGAUGUUUCGUGAUAAACUAUUUCUUUAGGGAAUGUUUCAUGAAAAGCUUGUUAAUGGGGAUAUGCCUUUUUCCUUGUGUGUUUGUGUUGCAAUCCCAGGAUCAUGCUCAGGUGUUAUUGGUUCAUGUUAAUGGGGAUGUGAUGUUCUCCUUUCUGUGACUCUCUGUGAUCGCAAUCGGUUCUGUUAUUUAGUCAUAGUGAUUUCAGAUUGACUGCUAUUGUGAUCAUCAAUUAGUUUCAGGCUUAAUCUUUAUGAUUAUCAGGUUUCCAUGUUAGGGAAAAUCUGCUGCAUGAAUUAAACUGCCACCACGAAAUAAUCUAGAUGCAGAUAGGAAUGUUUGAUCAUGUGGAUCAUACUGUGAUUUCACCUGCUUACAUUAUCUUUUUGUCUCCCCCAAUUUUAAAAUGA